AUGAGCCUCACAGUCGAAGGAGACCGCAGCGGUCCGCCGCUCUCAGACAACUCGUCUGCAGCCAGUGCGGAGAAGGGUAUAGGAGAGUUCCGUCCCUCGAAGCGUACCUGGCUCAUCUUCUUGACGCUGGCCGUUCUGACUCUGAUGGUGGCCCUGGAUGGGACAUCUAUAUCCGUUGCACUGCCUAUCAUUGCUAGCAAACUGCACGGCUCUGCCAUCGAGGCCUUCUGGAGCGGGACGUCAUUCCUUCUAUGCUCAACAGUCUUCCAACCCAGCUUUGCGUCGUUUUCAAACAUAUUCGGCCGGAAGCCCAUCAUCCUUAUUGCACUGAGUUUCUUCUUUGUCGGCACUCUGGUCUCUGGCCUCUCUCAGAACUUCACACAGAUGCUGGUUGGCCGCUCAAUCCAAGGCGUCGGAGGAGGCGGUUUGAUCGCCCUCACAGAGAUAGUCGUCACUGAUAUCGUCCCCAUGCGCGAGCGAGGGAAGUACUUUGGCAUCCUGAGCUCGAUGUGGAGUCUUGGGUCGGUCCUAGGGCCCGUCUUGGGCGGUGGAUUCUCUCAAAACGUCUCCUGGCGAUGGAUCUUUUACAUCAACUUCCCGUUUGUCGGAAUCAGUCUUGUCUUCAUCGUGCUCUUCUUCAAGCUCACUGGUAUUCCGGACUCGUUGGCCAGCAAACUACGAAGGAUAGACUACAUCGGGGCUGUGCUGUUCAUCGCAUCUGCCGUCUCCUUCCUCAUCCCCGUCACUUGGGGAGGAGUCAUGUACGACUGGAGCUCCUGGCGUACUUUGGUGCCGUUGAUCCUAGGUAUCGUGGGAUUGGUGUGCUUCAUGCUCUAUGAGAAAUACAUCGCUACCGACCCUAUGAUACCCGUCACUGUCUUUGUAACUCGCACCGCCAUAGUCACGUAUAUCGAGACGGUACUGCACGGCCUCGUCCUCUGGUGCGGCCUCUACUACAUGCCUCUCUACUUCGAGACAGUCAAGGAAUACUCACCCAUCCUGUCUGGCGUGGCGCUCUUCCCACUCAGCUUCACCGUCGCCCCCAGCGCUGUGGUCGUGGGCAUCAUCACCACCCUGACCGGUAGAUACCGUUGGUCCAUCUGGGCUGGAUUCUUCCUAAGCACCCUUGGCCUAGGCCUCUUCGCCAUCCUCAAGGUCACCACCAGCGUAGCCGGAUGGAUAUUCCUCAUGCUCCCCGCUGGCGUGGGACUAGGCAUGCUCUUCCCAGGCCUGGGUUUCGCCAUCCAAGCAUCCGCCCUAAAGGGCCACAUGUCCAUGGCGGUAGCAAUGUUCAGCUUCUUCCGCGCCUUUGGCCAGGCCAUCGGUGUAGCUAUCGGAGGCGUCAUUUUCCAAAACCGCAUGGUAGCCAAGUUACAGAAAUAUCCAGAGUUUUCUGCGCCAGGUAUCGCCGAGGCCCUGAGCAAGGAUGCCGCAGUGCUGGUGCAGGCUGUUCGCGCCAUGCCGGAUGGCCCCCAGAAGAUCCAUCUUAAGGAGGCAUUCACGGGCAGUUUGAGGUUUGUCUGGAUUGUCUGCUGCGUAUUGAUGGCUAUCGGGGGGCUGCUGAGUCUCUUGACUGCCUCAUAUGAUUUAAAUCAGGGGAUUGAUUCGGAACAGACACUGGUCGAGAAGAAGGAUCGAGCAUCAACCGUAGAGACAGCCAUGGCCUCGCAGGCCUCCGUCAACCCUACUGAGAAAACCUGA